GGAGCGCGUGAGAGUCCCGCUUGCGCUCGUGCGCCGGCUGUCAGUUGGCCCAAGAGGCGGCGGCGAGGAGAGUGGCUGCGGCUGAGGCCCCGCAAUUUGGAUAAUUUCUCUUACUGGUUUUUUUUUUCGGUGUGAAACCUCUGUCGGAGAGUUUCGCUUCCCCGCCGAAGGCGCUCCUCGCUGAGGCGACAUGCCGGCGGUGCAGAAAACGGUGGCCGAGCUGCGCUCCAGGGCCGAGGGGUAUGAGAAGACAGAUGAUGUUUCAGAGAAGACUUCAUUAGCUGAUCAGGAGGAAGUGAGAACGAUAUUUAUAAAUCAACCACAAUUCUCUAAAUUUUGUAACAAUCAUGUCAGCACUGCAAAAUACAACUUAAUCACAUUCCUGCCGAGGUUCCUCUAUUCCCAGUUCAGAAGAGCUGCUAAUGCCUUUUUUCUUUUCAUUGCAUUGCUUCAGCAAAUUCCAGAUGUUUCUCCAACGGGACGUUAUACAACCUUGGUUCCUCUGUUAUUUAUUUUAGUUGUAGCAGCAGUUAAAGAAAUAAUAGAAGAUGUUAAAAGGCAUAAAGCUGAUAACGUUGUGAACAAGAAGCAGAUACAAGUAUUGAGAAAUGGAGCUUGGGAAAUUGUUCACUGGGAAAAGGUAGAUGUUGGAGAUAUAGUGUUAAUAAAAGGGAAAGAAUAUAUACCAGCUGACACUGUACUUCUCUCAUCAAGUGAACCACAAGCAAUGUGCUACAUUGAAACAUCAAAUUUAGAUGGUGAAACUAAUCUAAAAAUAAGACAGGGCUUGCCAUUGACAUCUGAUGUGAAGGACAUUGAUAGCUUGGUGGGACUUUCAGGAAGAAUUGAAUGUGAAAGUCCCAACAGACAUCUCUAUGACUUUGUUGGAAAUAUCCGAUUAGAAGGACAUGGAACUGUUCCUCUGGGACCUGAUCAAAUUCUUCUGCGUGGAGCUCAGUUAAGAAAUACACAAUGGGUUCAUGGUAUAGUUGUCUACACAGGGCAUGAUACAAAGCUCAUGCAGAAUUCAACAAGCCCACCUCUUAAACUAUCAAAUGUGGAAAGAAUUACAAAUAUCCAAAUUCUGUUUUUAUUCUGCAUUCUUAUUGCUAUAUCUUUGAUUUGUUCCAUUGGGUCAGCUAUAUGGAAUCAAAAACAUGAGGAGAGGGACUGGUAUAUCAAUCUAAACUAUGCUGGUGCUAAUAAUUUUGGACUGAAUUUCUUGACGUUUAUCAUCCUUUUCAAUAAUCUAAUUCCAAUCAGUUUGUUGGUCACACUUGAAGUUGUGAAAUUUAUCCAAGCAUAUUUCAUAAAUUGGGAUAUUGACAUGCAUUACGAACCUACAGACACUGCUGCAAUGGCUCGCACGUCGAAUCUCAAUGAAGAACUUGGUCAGGUGAAAUACAUAUUUUCUGACAAGACUGGAACCCUGACGUGCAAUGUAAUGCAAUUCAAGAAGUGUACUAUUGCAGGAAUAGCCUAUGGCCAUUCUCCUGAAUCAGAGGAUGAUGGCUCUCCUGCAGACGAUUGGCAGAGUACACAAACCAAAGAAGAAAAAAUAUUUAAUGAUCCAUCAUUGCUAGAAAACCUCCAAAAUAAACAUCCAACUGCACCUAUCAUUUGUGAAUUUCUGACAAUGAUGGCAGUCUGCCAUACAGCAGUUCCAGAAAGAGAGGAUGAUAAGAUAAUUUAUCAAGCAUCGUCACCAGAUGAGGGGGCUUUGGUUAGAGCAGCCAAACAUCUUCAUUUUGUUUUCACCGGAAGAACUCCAAAUUCUGUAAUUAUAGAAUCUCUUGGACAGGAAGAAAGAUACGAAUUGCUGAAUGUGCUAGAAUUCACAAGUUCAAGAAAAAGAAUGUCUGUCAUUGUCCGCACACCAACAGGAAAAUUAAGACUGUACUGCAAAGGGGCUGAUAGCGUAAUUUAUGACCGCCUGGCUGAAAAUUCAAGAUACACAGACAUUACCUUGAAACAUUUGGAACUCUUUGCUACUGAAGGCUUGAGGACACUUUGUUUUGCUGUAGCUGAAAUUUCAGAAAGUGACUAUCAAGAAUGGCGAAAUGUCUAUGAAAGAGCUUCAACUUCUGUACAGAAUAGAACACUAAAACUUGAAGAAAGUUAUGAACUAAUUGAAAAAAAUCUUCAGUUACUUGGAGCUACAGCCAUAGAAGAUAAACUGCAAGACCAAGUGCCUGAAACUAUAGAAACUCUUAUGAAAGCAGAUAUCAAAAUUUGGAUCCUUACUGGAGAUAAGCAAGAGACUGCUAUUAAUAUAGGACACUCAUGUAAACUCUUGAGAAAAAACAUGGGGCUACUUGUCAUAAAUGAAGGGUCUCUUGAUGCAACAAGAGAGACGUUAAGCCAUCACUGCAGCACUCUCGGUGAUGCUUUGAAAAAGGAAAAUGAUUUUGCUCUUAUCAUUGAUGGUAAAACAUUGAAAUAUGCCUUGACAUUUGGUGUAAGACAAUAUUUUCUGGACUUGGCUCUGUCAUGUAAAGCUGUUAUUUGUUGCAGGGUUUCACCUCUUCAGAAGUCUGAAGUUGUAGAAAUGGUUAAAAAGCAAGUAAAAGUAGUAACAUUGGCCAUUGGUGAUGGAGCAAAUGAUGUCAGUAUGAUACAAACAGCACAUGUUGGUGUUGGUAUAAGUGGAAAUGAAGGGCUACAAGCUGCUAAUUCUUCAGAUUAUUCAAUAGCUCAGUUCAAGUAUUUGAAGAAUUUACUUUUGGUCCAUGGUGCCUGGAACUACAGCAGAAUUGCUAAAUGCAUCUUAUACUGCUUCUACAAGAAUAUUGUCCUUUACAUUAUUGAGAUUUGGUUUGCAUUUGUAAAUGGAUUUUCUGGACAAAUUCUAUUUGAAAGGUGGUGCAUAGGUCUUUAUAAUGUGAUGUUUACAGCAAUGCCUCCAUUGACACUUGGAAUAUUUGAAAGAUCCUGCCGCAAAGAAAAUAUGUUAAAAUACCCUGAAUUAUACAAGACUUCUCAAAAUGCCCUGGAUUUUAAUUCAAAGGUUUUCUGGGUUCAUUGUUUAAAUGGCCUUUUCCACUCAGUAAUUCUGUUUUGGUUUCCACUAAAAGCCAUCCAGUAUGAUACUGUAUUUGCCAGUGGUAAAACUUCAGACUACUUGCUUUUGGGAAACACAGUAUAUACAUUUGUAGUAAUAACAGUAUGUUUAAAAGCUGGAUUAGAGACUUCAUAUUGGACUUUGUUUAGCCAUGUAGCUAUCUGGGGCAGCAUUGUGCUAUGGGUGGUAUUUUUUGGAAUCUACUCUUCUUUAUGGCCUCUUAUUCCUAUGGCACCUGAUAUGUCUGGAGAGGCAGCUAUGAUGUUCAGCUCUGGUGUCUUCUGGAUGGGCUUACUAAGUAUUCCUUUAACAGCCUUGGUUUUUGAUGUAGCAUAUAAAGUAGUGAAGAGAGCAGCAUUUAAGACACUGGUCGAUGAAGUUCAAGAGUUGGAAGCACAGUCACAAGAUCCAGGAGCUGUAGUUCAUGGGAAAAGCUUAACUGAACGAGCACAGCUACUAAAAAAUGUCUUUAAGAAGAACCAUGUCAACUUAUACCACUCUGAAUCGCUACAGCAAAAUUUGUUGCAUGGUUAUGCUUUCUCUCAAGAUGAACAUGGGAUUGUUUCACAGUCUGAAGUCAUAAGAGCCUAUGACACUACAAAGCAGAGACCUGAUGAAUGGUGAAGAACUGUGUUACAGAGCCCUAAUAUUUGCCAUAGUAAGGCAAACUAAUAUAUUUUCUGGGUCUGCUAACAAGGUCCAGUAACAGAAAUUAGAAGAAGAUGUAUGUUGUUGCUCUUAUUCCCUGAAGUUUGAGUUCACGCAUUGAGUAGACAUAAGCACUGUGCAACUAUACUGUAAUACACCAUCUCUAAAUUUUCAACAAGUGUUACUUGGAUUUUGUAAACAGACAUUGAAAAUUAGCUUUAGUCUUUUCAGACUGAUUAUUUACAGCAAAGCUGAACAAGUAUUGUUCCUAUUAUGUAUACUGGGAAUAUAAUAAAGAAUCAGAUUGCACAACAUAGCAUACAUUGACAGCCACAGCCUUUGCCAAGGUUUACAAAUAGCAAAUUGUUUAAAAGUAAUGAGCCUUUGAUUUCAACAAGUGCUAAAUAACCAUUUUUAAAAGACAUGUAUUCAUAUGAUAAGUUAAGAUUUCAAAAAAGGUAUUUAUAAGGAAUUGUGUUUAACUAGUCUAAGACGUUUGCCAAAGAUGUUCCACAUUUCUUGUUUAGUAAUAAUUUCCACAUAAUGUUUUAAAGAGUAGUGAUGGCAAUGUCAAGUGUGAUAGCAGAAUUGCAUGCUUGAAACUCUGUACUUGAAAAGUUCCACAAAAAUGUGAACUUAAUACAGAUUUCUUUCUGUUGGAUUUCUUUUCACAUUUGUGCUCACUUUCAACUUUGGCCUUAUAUUAUAGUUUUCUUCUACUCUUCAGUUAACAGAAAUGUGUAAAUUUGACACAGCAACCAUUUUCUAUUGUAAGGGGCAUGUGUAUGGGACUUGACUGACUUACAGAAAAAUACUGGACUGCCUUAUAUCCUUAGGCCUAAGAACCCUAAUCCAGGAACACUUGUGCAAAUAAAAAACCUGUGUGUAAAGAUGUUCCCUUGCUGCCAGAUCAAAAAUCAGAACAGCACUUUCGUUUCUAAUGCCACUGAUUACAAAGUUGAAAGCUUUGAUUGUUGUCCAUACAUAGUGCAAGAGCAGAGCGCAUGCAUCCCUUAUGAGUUUUGUUCCCCUUCAAUCAUAAUUUUGUUCUAUAUUGAAGACUGAAAUUAGAAUUAGAUAUUACACACAAAAACAUGGUCAUGUGCACAGAUUGUCCUUAAUAGGGAUGACAUAUAUUUGGAACUGUUGGGGUUUAUUUACAAUUUGCCAACAGUGUAAAUGCUACACAGAAUAAUUAUUCCGGUGAUUUUCGAAAUUGAAAACAACAGGAACACCAGUCAUCAACAUGGUACUACAUUAUAUUUCAGUUUGCACCAUAUCACAUUUUUAUGUCAAAUAUAUUCUGUGUGCAGUUCAUAACCUGAUUUAAAUUACACUAUGACAAAUGAGUUCUUUUUCUUAAAUAUAUAUUUCCUUAUGUAUGCUACUAAUGAAGGUAAAUGUAACAAAAAAAGUUUCGUAUUCCAGCCCGUAAGGUAUCCCUCCUCACAACCAGAAAUCUUUAAUUGCUUUUAAUAUUAUCAAUGUGUAAAAUUAAGAUGACAGACAGAAUCCAAUAUAAUAUUGCAAAUGACUUUUUAUUCUGCUUUGAGUUUUAAAAGCCAUUUUAAUUUUACUAUUUUUGAAAAAAAACAUACUAUAUAUAAUGGAUUACACUUCUGACUUGAGCGUACUCUACUAUUUCCCUACCUGUCUGGACACUAGUAUAAAUAUUUUAAUAAAUAAACAUUUGUGUGUGGUGGGUUCUUACUAAGUUAUACCUACUAUGAAUAUUGAAAGACUUGCACUAAUUCAUAGUGCCGAUGAGAUUGUUUUUUCAAUAAUAAUUUGAGGGAAAUUGAUAAAACAGCCGUGUUUUUAACUGUGUGGCAAGAAAUAGUCUUCAGGGGAGCUACAUCAGGCCUGCAUAAUGAAUGAAUCAUCAAGGAGAGCCAAAUCCCCAUGUCUAAAGGCAUGCCCCUCCCAAACUUUAAUUUAGUCAAUAAAACACAUUCACAUAAAAACAUUUCCCGUAUCAGCAAUUAAAUUUCAGCAUAUUAUAAUAUAAUUGUAAACAGUGCCUGUUUUAUUUUAAAACAAAUUAGUCAAAUCAAAGACUAAUUCAGCAUAAGCUAGGAGCUUGUUCUCAUUCCCUGCUCUUUACUCCUAGCCUAAUGUAUCCUCUUAUGACCUCUGACAGAAAUGCUCAUCUAAUGAGGAAAGAGAGUGUCCGCAACUCAGUUCCCAAACCCAAGACAGAGAGUUGAUGAGCAUCAUGUAUAUUCUGAAUACUGGAUGCAGGUAUAUACAUACCUGCACUCCUUUUCCCGCAGCAUGAAACACUUGUUCGCAUGGAAAUAACCUUGGAGAAUGAUCUGCAUGCAGAAACAUUUCAACACAGAGAAAAAUUCUGUUUCCUCGCACAGAUCGCCCUUGAUGGAUCCAGGUGAAGACAUGCAUAUUGCAUUAACCAGAGUUCAGGAAAUGAAAGUUUUUCUACUAACUAUAGUGGUGUAGCUAUAGUUAUGAAAAACGGCAUAUAGUAGACAUUUGUUUUAACUUCCCCUUGCUGUCUUAAAGUAGGCAGCUCUGAACAGAUUUCCUCAUUCAGCAGAUUUUGAAUUGACAACAAUGUUACAUAUUUUUAUAAUUAUGAGGUCUCACACAUCUUAUUUUUUACAUUAUUUGCAAAAAAAUUCUAUCUUAAGUAAUCAGCAUGAGGAAAUGCAGUGAUAUUAAAAUUCAGCUUAAGACUUCGAGUUCCUUAAGAAAUAUGUCCAUGUACACUAGAUGUAUUCAAACAAAAGUCAGAAAAAACACAAUACAUUUAUUUGCAAACAAAUAUAUUUCAUAAGUGGUUUAUUAUGUUAUAACAAACACACACACACACACACAUAUAUAUUACAUGUUAAUAUAUCAAUCAAUUGGUAGGCAUAUAUUUUAAUAAAAUAUUUUACCCAAUUAAUAAUCAUUAACUAUAAUGUACUUGUUUGGACAUUUAAAAUUUUUACAUUUCUCAAGUAAAUACAUAAAGAAAGAUGUAUAGUUUGUAUGUAAUAAGUGUAGUGUGAAACAAUUUCAAACUGUCCGUAAAAAAAAUAUUUCAUAAGUUGAAUGAAAAUGUUGCCAUUCAAUUGACACAAUGUCUACACUUUUAUUCUUUAGAAUUACUUGUGAGAAUGUAGUACCUUACCAGAAUAUCAGCUAAUUGGAAAUACUUUGAGAAGCCAUAAGUGGACUUGUUUUUCAUAGUGUUAAGAUUUAUUUUUGCAGACAAUUUUUGACAAAUUUAUAGUUGAACAACUUUCUAGUUGUAUAAAAUAGAGGAAAUAUUUAAAGAAAUGUAAUACAGUUUCACACAGGAAGACAUCUUUUUUCAUCAUUUCAUGAUUUGUUCCAUUACUUGUUAAAGAAUAGGACCACACAAUUAGCUCUUUUUUUCUACUGAUUUACGUAUGAUGCAAAAGCAGUUGUUGUUUUGGUAGGUUUUAUCAACCUGUCUGCAUGUGUUAAUACAUCACAGUGUGAAUCUGAACUGAUGCAUGCUUGUGCUAAAGCCCAUUAUUCCUUUUCCUUCAACUGAAACAUGCAUCAAAAUGUAUGCAUUUGGUAAGCAAAACUAAAUGUUAGUGAACAACUGAGUUACCAAUUUCUUUUUAUUAGCAUUACAGUAAGUGUAAUUUCAAAAAUCAUAUAUAUGUUGAUAAUGUUACAAAAUGUGCUCAAGAUUCAGUGAGUUGACUGGAUUGCUUAGUAUGUCAAAUUAUGGGGGCAGCUUGUGUUUUAUAGGUUAUUUCAACAGUUACUUUUGCAUUCAUUCAAUAUUUUGUAUCUGCAAAACUGUGACGCAAAUGUGUAAAAGUAAAAUCAUGUUUCAGUGUUUUUCCUGUUCAACAAUUGAAGCCAUAAUGCAUUAAUAUUGUUUUUCUACUGCAACUUGAUAUUCAUGCUGCCAUGAAAGGCAGAGGCACUAUAUAAAAGUUAAGACUGCAUUCAAAGUACAGUAGGAUUUCCAGCUCCACUAAACCAUUACUGCUGAAACUGCUGUGGAAAUUGUGAAGCUGCAUGAAUGGAAAGAUUUUUACUCAAUGUUUAUGGUAGUUUUCCUCAGGUUUAGUUUUAAUUGGAUGUUAAAUGCACUGUUUUAUAAAGUUAUUAAAUUUUAGUAAUAUAUUCAGUUUGAUGCAGUGUUACAUGUCAUUGGCAUUUUGUGAAUGUGCAUGUUCUGAACUGCAAAUUUUAAAUGUUUUGUCUAAUUGUUAAAAAAAAAUAAAACCUUGCCAUUAAAUAUAA